AUCCCCGAACUUCUUCCAGAAUAGAGCACCACUUACGAGCAAUUAUAUUCUUUGCAAUCAAUUUCGCACAAUCUMGUUUCAAAACGAUGGGUCAAGCUUCAAGGAGGAGGAAAGGCAAGGGUGGGAGCCGCAGUUCUACACCCACGCCAACAUCGACGACGCAUGGCGAAACUGCCGAAGACAACGACGAAACCAUUGCGAAAGUUGGGAAGGACAGCAAUGAAACGAAAAGAAGACACGGAGGAGAAUCUGAGAUUGAUGAUGCAUCAUUGAUGGUCUUGACGAGCGAAAAGCGAAGGGGAAUCUACGAAUGCGAUUACUGCCAUUCCGAUAUCAGCCAGCAACCUCGAAUCCGCUGUGCAGUUUGUAGCGAUUUCGACCUGUGCCUGGAAUGUUUCACCACUUCUGAUCACGGAGCGAUGAUGGCCAGGAUCAAGGCCGCUAAUCAAACGCAGACAGAGUUGAACAAGGACGGCAUUGAAUCAUCGUCGAUCAUGGACGUUGCGAUUUCAUCAGCGGCUGCCCACCACGAAGAUCAUCAUGGUUACCGAGUCUGUGACAGCACGCGGUACCCCAUUUUCCCGACAGGUCGAAUCGCUGCACCUUSGUCAGUCCCCAGGGGCAAAAAGGGAGCCGAAGAAGGUGAUGUCAAGGAAGAAGGGAAAAAUGACGAGAUGGCUGUAGACGGGGACGAGAAGAAAUCACCCCCUGUCGGCAGCAAAAACGACAUCGCUACCAUUCCUCCACCCAGAAAAAAUAUCUCCAUGGAGUUAUCUUUGUCGGACGACCCGAAAACCAUAUGGACGGCAGAGGAAGAUUUGCGAUUGAUURAUGCAAUUGCAACCUAUGGUUUGGGAAAUUGGGUAGAUAUUGCUGAAGCGAUUGGUGGGAAUGGUUCUGUUGGAAAGACACCCAAACGAUGCAUGGAGCGGUACCUGGAUGAUUAUCUAGGUCGAUACGGUCACAUUCUACCGCAAUGGACCGUUGCUGACAACACUACAGAUGAUCUGUCGGCAGGUWCUGACUCAAAUCCCAAGAAAACUACACAAAUCGAAGGAACCAGUAAGRAUCUCGUUUCUUACGACGCAGCGAGUACCGAAAACAACAACCAUGCAAGCAUAACUGAUGGUUCAGGGGUUGUUCGAGUACAGGAUAGUAAUAAGGGAAAUGACAAAAAUGAAGUACAAGGGACGGGAAACGAACAAWCGCAACCCGACAGACAGAAGAAAGAUAAUCAAGGGGACCAAGCAGCAGCAGCGCUACCUUCAAAAGCUAUAGCACCAAGCUCCGUAUCGAACAUCUCAACAAUCAAAGUCAUCGCGGACGAUGAAGAUCGAGUGAGAACAUCAAAGCGCCGAAGUGCUGCGAACAUAUCUAGUAGUAGUUCUUCGCGAAAAAAACUCAAGGUGGUUCCAACACAAUCUGUUCCUGGUUUUGAGAAGRUUUGGCCCAAACCCUACUUGCCAUCAAUAUCGGGUGCGGUGUUGGGCAAAGAAGUAGCACGAGACCUGUCUUGUAAGGCUGAGUUAGCCUUUGUCAAGGCCACACUUGGAGCGCCGUCCAAGACAGAAGCCGACAAAAUACGACAGACAUGGAUCGAUACGAAACUUGGUCGCACUGGGGCUCCAACCGUGUUGCCUCCUCGACCGCACGAUGCAGUUCAUUUGCUCGGUUCAGAAUUAGCAGGAUUUAUGCCUCGCCGGGGAGACUUUGACGUGGAAUGGGAAAACGAUGCCGAGGCUGCCCUGGCCGACAUGGAGUUCAUCCGAGGUGACAAACCCGAAGAUAAGGAAUUAAAAUUGAAAGUAUUGCAAAUAUAUUGCGAAAAGCUUGACGAACGGGAGAAACGAAAGAAAUUUGUUCUCAAUCGACACUUGUAUGACUACCGUACUUAUAUCCAGGACGAUCUGAAGUUACCAGUUGACGAGCGCGAUCUAAUUCACCGAAUGCGACUUUUUGAGCGGUUUCAUACUCCAGACGAGCACAAACAAUUUAUCACCGACAUUUUGAAAGCAAAGCGAUUGCGAAAAGAAAUUGCCAAACUUCAAACAUAUCGACGAAUAGGUAUUCGCUCCUUGGCUGAAGCAGAAAUGUAUGAACUUGAUAAAGAUCGACGUCAAUUUCACAAAAAGCUGGAAAUGGAUGCCAAGGCGAAAGCAGCAGCACUUGCCAACGCCAAAAGUGGUACGAAGGGAGGAGGAUYAUCGUCCAAUGCAUCUAGUACGGGAACUUCACGCACUCCGUCUCAAUUCAAAGGUARCGAGUCACUGUGGAAACAGUACCAACCCAACGAUCGGAAACAUAGACGGAGCAAUGGUCGAUCUGGCACUUUCCUCGAUUCAAUUCCAAGCAAAUCCUCGGAAGGCACAAUAAUGACCAAUGCCGAUG